AUGGUACAAUCAAAGAAGUUCAGAGGGGUCAGACAACGCCACUGGGGCUCCUGGGUUUCUGAGAUUCGUCAUCCAUUACUGAAAAGAAGGGUAUGGCUUGGGACAUUUGAGACAGCUGAAGAGGCAGCAAGAGCAUAUGAUGAGGCAGCUAUUUUGAUGAGUGGUCGAAAUGCCAAAACAAACUUUCCAGUCCUCACAAAUGAAGUGUCCAAUGAUCAUAACAACAACAACAACAACUCUUCAUCAUCUUCUUCCUCAGCACUUUCAGCAAUCCUCAGUGCCAAGCUUCGCAAGUGCUGCAAGUCCCCAUCUCCUUCCCUCACCUGUCUGAGGCUUGAUACUGAGAAUUCCCACAUUGGAGUCUGGCAAAAGGGUGCGGGGCCGCACUCUGAUUCGAACUGGCUGAUGAUGGUUGAGCUGGACCAGAAGAGUUUGCAACCACCCCAGCCAGAAACUAGCACCUCUGUUUUGGACACAGAGGAAAUGGCAGCAGGGCAGGACGGUGGGGAUGAUAGCGUGGAUGACGAGGAAAGGGUUGCAUUGCAGAUGAUAGAGGAACUUCUGAACAGAAAUUGA